GUUCACAGUGAUUGUGUGUCUUUGUUGGGUCUCGGAGCACGAUGAGUGUUGCAAAAGUAUCACUGUUGCUGCUGCUGGCAGCAAUCGGCUCCAGUGCAGCACCGUCUGCGGAAGAGUGCCAGGGUCUAGCCAAAAGGUUGCCCAGUAAAGAUCUGCACAAGAUUUAUGGUGAAUGGGUUCUGGUCUGGUCUGUCUCUGACCAUGACAAAGGCCAUGGCUUACUGGCAAACUUGAGCAGCUCCCACGUUGAGUUUCAACUCCUCUCUGACAACAAAACUAUCGAGUACACUGAGAAGAACGCAUUCUCCAAUUUCUGCACUGCCUACUUCAUCAACUUGACGAUCCCCUCUGAUGAGGCUGAACACCACACAUUAAAAUGUCAUUCUAUCAGAGUAGAGAAGGAUGGAGUUGUUCAGGAGUACAAUGACACUGGUGAGGUUGACUUCUAUGAGAGCUGCUCCGACUGUCUCCUGAUGACCUACAAAACUCCAGCAUACAAAUUCCUGCUUAGCUACAAGAAGGAGGGCUCACAUCGGGAUGUAGAGCAGCAUAAAGUCGCCCAUGAUGACCAUAAGAAACUGGCAGAAUGUCUUGGAUUCCCUCACGAAAAACCGUACAUCUACGACGGAGUCGCAGAUUUCUGUCACAAGAAAUCUGCUCCAGAAGCAAAUCCUGAACAAUCUUAAAUGGAAUGAAGAGGAAGGGUCAAUGUCCAUCAUGAAAAAGACACCUAAGAACAAAUAAAAUAUAAUUCUGACCCUACUUAGCACAGCAUCUUAUUGUUUUACCCUUGUUACCUCAAUCCAGUCACAAACAGGGGCUAUGGGGAACAAUUGUGAGACUUUUGAAAAAUGUAUAAAUAUUUAGUCCUAAUAAACAAAUAUUUUGAAAAACAA